GUCCUCACCGGUCACGGAGCUUGCCGUCACUUUCCCAAUCGGAGCUCUCUCUCCUCCCAAAUCCCAAACAGAUCAAACGGAGGAAGAAGGACGGGACGACUUCGUCUCCCCCAGCAGACAGCUCCCGCCUUGGCAGCUCCGCAGGCCGGCCGUGCUGCCCAUACCCACUCCUCUCUCCCCCGUCCCGCCCCGUCUCACUCCGUGCUUCUCUCGCUCGUUCGCCUGAAGCUGGUCGGUCUCCCCCCACCGCGCCGGCGAGAUGGAGCUGAAGCCCGGCAUGUCGGCCCUCGUCACCGGCGGCGCCUCCGGCAUCGGGAAAGCGCUCUGCAUCGCUUUUGCACAAAAGGGUUUAUUUGUGACGGUGGUCGACUUCUCUGAACAAAAUGGAAGAGAAGUCACUUCGCUAGUUCAAAAGGAGAACAGAAAGUUUCAUGGAGAUCUUGGAGUACCGUCUGCCAUAUUCGUCAAGUGUGAUGUUUCUAUUGAAGGUGAUCUAGCUGCUGCUUUUGCGAAACAUGUAGACACAUAUGGUGGACUAGAUAUCUGCAUCAAUUGUGCUGGAAUUGCCAACAAAACAUUAGUUUAUUAUGAUACAUCUGACGGAACUAGGACAUGGAGGCAUGCCAUAAAUGUGAACUUUGUCGCUGUUAUUGAUGGUACUCGCAUUGCAAGUCAAAUAAUGCGAUCCCGGAAGAAGCCUGGUGUCAUAAUCAAUAUUGGUUCAGCUGCGGGCCUUUAUCCCAUGUUCGCCGAUCCCAUAUAUACUGGGACAAAAGGUGGUGUUGUUAUGUUUACUCGAUCACUUGCUCCAUUGAAACGCCAUGGUGUUCGUGUCAACGUGCUCUGCCCUGAGUUUGUUCAAACUAAUAUGGCUGAGCAAAUAAAUCAAAAAAUAGUACAUGCAACUGGUGGAUUUUUGAAGAUGGAGGAAGUUGUUAAUGGCGCAUUUGAACUUAUAAAAGAUGAGAGCAAAGCUGGUGCUUGCCUUUGGAUAACUAAGCGGAGAGGGAUGGAAUAUUGGCCAUCAGCAGAGGAACAAAGAAAAUAUCUGUUGAAUUAUACCAAGUCAAAAAGAACAGUAACAAAGAAUGUAUUUCCUAGCAUCCAAACACCUGAGUUUUAUGAGAAGAUAGUUGUUCACACACUCAGCCAUAAUUUCCGCAAUGCUACAAGACUUGAUCGUGUGCGAUUGAGAUUGCCCAUUGAACCACAAAGUGCGCUAGUUAAAAUAAUAUACGCUGGUGUAAAUGCUAGUGAUGUAA